GAGUAAAAAAAAUGAAGGUUUUCUGUUUGAUAUUACUCGUAACAUAUGUGGGAAUAUCAGCAGCGACUUGGACGGCUAUCACUGACCCUAAGAAAUGCCAAAUCUGUGAAAAUAUUGCACUACCAGAUUGGAAUUGGUGUUAUACAUGUGCCCACAAUGAAAUUGAUAAAAAGAAAUGUGACGAAUGUGAAAAUGAAGCACAACCCGGUCUGAAUUUGUGUUCUAAUUGUUCAUGCUGUGAAAAACCACGUAAAUGUGAAAAUGUAAACUGUGAAAAUUAUUUAGAAACAGGUUAUAUACUUCAAUUUUGUAAUAAAUGCGUAGAUCUUAAAUUAGAACAGGAACUGGAACAAAAUCAAUAUUAUGAGGAUCAAAAUCAAUAUUAUGAGAAAGAAACGGAAUAUUCUGAUGAAGAAAUUGAAUACCCUGUUUUUGAAAGAUGAUUUUAUUUUUAAUACAUAUAAAGUAAAAUUGAUAACUGCGUUUAAGUGUUAAUAAAUAAUUAAAAAAAAACUUUUAAAGUAACA